CCCCUUGAAGCGGCCUGCUUCUCCAGGGUCCUCGUCUCCUCCGCCAGGCCUUGCGCUGAGGAAUUGCCGGGAUCCGGAUCUUCUCGCCCGGAUGGCAGCCCUGCACGUGGAAGCCAAGUAGGCCCAGAGCCGCCCUGGAUGUGAGCCGCUGAGGCUCAGGAGUGCCGCCGAGGCUGAGCCAAGGCCCUGCUUCCCCGGAGGAGCCAGAAGCCCACGGUGGUGGUGGACUGCACAGCAUCGAGGCCUCAUCGGCCCUUGUCAUGGGGCGGCUGCUGCAGCCGACAGGAACGCCAGGCGCCGCCCCGGAGUCCUAAGGGGGCCACGGACACCCCUUCCCAGAGCCCUCCUGGGCAAGGCAGCCCUCCCUGCCGCUGACAUGGAGACCAAGAUCCCUCCUGCCGUCACCCCCACCAGCCCCUCGUCUCCUGGGCUGUCCCCGGUGCCGCCGCCGGACAAAGUGGACGGCUUCUCCCGCCGGUCCCUGCGCCGCUCCCGCCAGCGUCGCUCCCACAGUUCCUCCCAGUUCCGGUACCAGAGCAACCAGCAGGAGCUCACGCCGCUUCCUCUCCUCAAAGAUGCUCCUGUUUCGGAACUGCAUGACCUCCUGUGCAAGAAGCUCCAGCAAUGCUCCAUCCUCUUCGACUUCCUCGACUGCGUGGCGGACUUGAAGGGCAAGGAGAUCAAGAGGGCGGCGCUCAACGAAUUGGUGGAGUGCGUGGCCACCAACCGUGGCAUCCUCAUUGAGCCGCUCUAUCCCGAGAUCAUCAAGAUGAUCUCGGUCAAUAUUUUCCGGACGCUUCCGCCCAGUGAAAACCCCGAGUUCGACCCUGAGGAGGAUGAACCGAAUUUGGAACCCUCUUGGCCACAUCUACAGCUUGUGUACGAGUUUUUCCUCCGGUUCCUUGAGAGCCCAGACUUCCAGCCAUCCGUUGCCAAACGCUAUAUCGACCAGAAAUUCGUAUUGCUGCUGCUUGACCUCUUUGACAGCGAGGACCCCCGAGAGCGUGAAUACCUCAAGACCAUUCUCCACCGCGUCUAUGGCAAAUUCCUGGGUCUGCGGGCCUACAUCCGCAAGCAAUGCAACAACAUCUUCUUGCGGUUUAUCUACGAGACGGAACAUUUCAAUGGCGUGGCAGAACUGCUGGAGAUCCUGGGGAGCAUAAUCAACGGGUUUGCUUUGCCCUUGAAGACCGAACACAAGCAGUUCCUGGUCCGCGUCCUCAUCCCGCUCCACUCGGUGAAAUCCCUCUCCAUAUUCCAUGCCCAGCUGGCUUACUGCGUGGUCCAGUUCCUGGAGAAAGAUGCCACCCUGACGGAGCACGUGAUCCGUGGUCUGUUGAAAUACUGGCCAAAGACCUGCACCCAGAAGGAGGUGAUGUUUCUUGGAGAGAUUGAGGAGAUCCUGGACGUCAUUGAGCCCUCUCAGUUCGUGAAGAUCCAGGAGCCGCUCUUCAGACAGGUGGCUCGCUGUAUUGCCAGCCCCCACUUCCAGGUUGCAGAGCGGGCUCUGUAUUUCUGGAACAACGAGUACAUCUUGAGCCUCGUCGAGGACAACUGCCACACGGUGCUGCCCACUAUCUUUGGCACGCUGUACCGCGUCUCCAAGGAGCACUGGAAUCCGACCAUCGUUUCUUUGGUCUACAACGUCCUGAAAACCUUUAUGGAGAUGAACGGAAAACUCUUUGAUGAGCUUACAGCCUCCUACAAAGUUGAAAAGCAGCAGGAGAAGAAGAAGGAGAAGGAAGAGUUAGCCCAACAGUACGAGCUGAUUCUCCAAGAGUGUGGGCACGGGCGCUUCCAGUGGACGCUGUACUUUGUGCUAGGACUGGCCCUCAUGGCUGACGGGGUGGAGAUCUUCGUGGUGGGCUUUGUCCUCCCCAGCGCUGAGAAGGAUAUGUGCUUGUCGGACUCCAAUAAAGGCAUGCUGGGCCUCAUUGUCUACCUGGGAAUGAUGGUCGGAGCCUUUCUGUGGGGCGGCCUGGCAGACCGGCUCGGACGCAGGCAGUGUCUCCUGAUGUCCCUCUCCGUCAACAGCGUCUUCGCCUUCUUCUCGUCCUUCGUGCAAGGUUACGGCACAUUCCUCUUCUGCCGGCUGCUCUCUGGCGUGGGCAUCGGAGGUUCAAUCCCCAUUGUUUUCUCCUACUACUCGGAGUUCCUGGCCCAGGAGAAACGUGGAGAGCAUCUCAGCUGGCUCUGUAUGUUCUGGAUGAUUGGGGGCAUCUAUGCGUCCGCCAUGGCUUGGGCAAUUAUACCCCAUUAUGGGUGGAGCUUCCAAAUGGGCUCCGCUUACCAGUUCCACAGCUGGCGUGUCUUCGUCCUGGUUUGCGCCUUCCCCUCUGUCUUUGCCAUCGGUGCCCUCACCACCAUGCCGGAGAGCCCUCGCUUCUUCCUGGAGAACGGGAAGCAUGACGAGGCCUGGAUGGUGCUGAAGCAGGUCCAUGACACCAACAUGAGGGCCAAAGGCCACCCCGAACGGGUCUUCUCGGUGACCCAUAUCAAGACUAUCAAACAGGAGGAUGAACUCGUAGAGAUCCAGUCCGAUACAGGGACCUGGUAUCGGCGCUGGAUGGUCCGCUUCCUGAACCUUACGCAGCAGGUCUGGGCGAAUUUUCACCAGUGCUUUGCUCCCGAGUAUCGCCGGGUGACUCUGAUGAUGAUGGCAGUGUGGUUCACCAUGUCCUUCAGUUACUAUGGGUUGACCGUCUGGUUCCCAGAUAUGAUCAAACAUCUCCAGAACAUCGAAUAUGCCUCCCGCACAAAGGUCUUCCUCAAUGAGACGGUGCGCCACAUCACGUUCAACUUCACCUUGGAGAACCAGAUCCACAGCCGUGGGGAGUACUUCAAUGACAAGUUCAUUGGCCUCAAGAUGAAGUCCGUGUCCUUCGUUGACUCCUUGUUUGAGGAAUGUUAUUUUGAGGAUGUCACGUCUAGCAAUACUUUCUUCAAGAACUGCACUUUCAUCUCCUCCGUCUUCUACAACACAGACCUCUUUGAGUACAAGUUCAUCAACAGCCGGAUCAUCAACAGCACUUUCCUGCACAACAAAGAGGGUUGCCAGCUCGACUUUAGUGAUGACAACAACGCCUACAUGAUCUACUUCGUCAGCUUUCUGGGCACCCUGGCUGUGCUGCCGGGGAACAUUGUUUCAGCUCUCCUGAUGGACAAGAUUGGGCGUCUCCGCAUGCUAGCCGGGUCGAGCGUCAUGUCUUGCGUGAGCUGCUUCUUCUUGUCCUUCGGCAACAGUGAGUCGGCCAUGAUCGCCCUGCUCUGUCUAUUUGGAGGGGUCAGCAUAGCUUCGUGGAACGCGCUGGACGUCCUCACGGUCGAGCUCUACCCGUCGGAUAGAAGGACGACCGCUUUCGGAUUCCUCAACGCCUUGUGUAAGCUGGCGGCUGUCCUGGGCAUCAGCAUCUUCACGUCUUUCGUCGGCAUCACGAAAGCAGUGCCCAUCCUGCUGGCAUCGGCGGCUCUCGCCGUGGGCAGCUCGCUGGCCCUGAAACUGCCGGAGACACGGGGGCAGGUUCUACAGUGAGAGAGAUUCGCACGCGGCCCUCUUCCGCCCCUGCCCUGUCCCACUUGGGGGAGAUUUUAGAGUCGUAGACACUGUGACCGUCUUGUCGUUCCAUUUCAAUAGAGAACCCAUCUCCGGAUGGACUUUCUUUCACAAGUCCACUCGCUCUUGGAAUUCCUCCUCCUGCUCCCCUCCCAUGGUUUUGGUGUACAUGUGAAUCCACUCCCAGGUGGAGAGGCAGGGGAAACCAA